GGAUAGUGUAGCUUGGCGGACUCUCAGGUUCCCGGUGGUCUCCGGGAAGAUGACCGUGUCCUGCGCGCCGCGCGCAGCCCAUCCCUGCUGUCUGGAGAAGCGCUUUUCCUUUUUGCGUUGCUUUGGGUUCUCUUUGAUGGCCGCAGUGCUCCUGAUAUUCAAGCCCUCUGAUGCCUGUGAUCCUCCUCCAAGAUUCGAGUUUAUGAAGCCAAAUGAUACUAAAUCCAGUUAUAAUCCUGGGGACGUAGUAUACUUUGUUUGUCGACCAGGAUACAAGCCUAUUGUACCUUCUCUUCCCAUGUUUUCCACUUGUCAGACUGAUAACAUGUGGACACCUCUCAAGGAGGCUUGUACAGAAAAACAAUGUCAGCAUCCAGGAGAACCCAUGAAUGGCCGGGUAGUCGCUGUAAAUGGAUCUUUAUCCUUUGGUUCACAGGUUCACUAUUCCUGUAAUGAGGGUUAUCGGCUAGUUGGAGAAAGAAUUCUAUAUUGUCAAAUUUCUACUGCUGACGAAAAAAGAGUGACGUGGAGUGAUGAUCCCCCACUAUGUAUAAGGAUAAUGUGUGCGUCACCUGGAAAAAUACCAAAUGGAAAAUAUACCGGUAGUGAGAAGGGUGAAUUUGAAUAUAAUGAAGUGGUAACUUACAGUUGUAAUCCUUCAAAUGGACCAGAUGAAUAUUCACUUGUUGGAGAGAGUCAACUUAUUUGUACUGGUAAUGGUGUAUGGAGUAGUCACCCUCCUGAGUGUAAAGUCGUCAAAUGUCCAUUUCCAGACCCUGAAAAUGGAAGACUGUUAUCAGGAUUCAGAAGAAAAUACUACUACAAAGCAACAGUCACAUUUGAAUGCUACCCGGGUUAUUACCAUGAGGGUGAGAACAUGGCAGUCUGUGGUAGUAACAGUACUUGGGAGCCUGCGAAGCCAACAUGUCUUAAAGUGCUGAUUCCUGCCAGUACCAGUCCUCCGAUUUUGAAUCAUACAGUGCUGAUUCCUGCCAGUACCAGUCCUCCGAUUUUGAAUCAUACAGUGUCGACUCCUCCCAGUACAAAACCUCCAAUUCCAAGUGUCUCAGAACCCGAGUCUCCUCAUACGACUCUGCCUCCGAGUUCAACAACUACACCUCCAGGACCUCGCCCAAGCCCUGAUGAUGACUCAAAGCCUGACGACUCUAAGACUUCAGGUACUAUUUUGGUUAUUAUGAGAUCUUAGAGUUCUACGUGUAAA